AUGCCCACGAUCCUCAGAUUGAUCGUCAUUGUUGCAGUCCCACUGGUCGUGGAAACGUACUUCUACGCCUUGUGUACUAUACUCACCGUAUAUGUCCUCUACCGAAGAUGGGUGAGGCAGGAAGAAGCAACAUCCUUGUUCAUGAUUGCCGUAGCGCUCAUCAUGUUCUGCUUGUUCAGCACGUACUGGAUCAUCGACGUAUACAAGCUAUGGCAUGCUGCACGCAUUCUCCCUGAACUGCCGGAUCCCGGGAUAUCUGAUAGCGUAUAUGAAGCCGAAUUCGGUCUGACGACCAAGAAGCUGGUAACUUCCGGUCAGCUACCUGUGGUAUUCUUGAUGAUGACCCUUGGAGACAUCGUUUCCUUGUGGCGAGCGUACGUCAUCUCGGGGAGACCGCGUUGGGUGUACGCUCUGGCGAUGGCCUUUGUUGUAGUCGAGUUUGGUCUUUGGAUCCUGAUCAUCGUUCAGCAGGCGCUGACAGACUUGUCGGAUCACGAGGCUCUCGUCCUCGAACUCGUCAGUCUGUCUGUUGUGGCAGCAGCACAGUUGCUCUGUACGCUGUUGAUCGCGUAUAAGGCCUGGUCACACUGGAGAGAUAUUCGCGGCGUCUUAGGCUUCUCCAGUACGCAGCAAAGCAUUGCGAUGCUUGUCGUUGUCAUUGAAACGGGAGUCGCCUACUUUGUCGCUCUUAUAUGCUAUGCUGCUGUAAGUGCUGCUAGGCAGCUGCCAAGACAAUAUGAAAUCUUGGACAUAUUGGGAGCUUGCAUGGUCCCUCUUUUCGCCAUGUAUCCAACCGGAGUCAUCGUUCUAGUGGCCGCGCGUCUCGCCAUCCUAGAGAGAAGUAUAGCCUCCAUCUCGUCACCGAGUAUACUGCAUUUCGCACCACCGUCUCGUGGACGCUGCGCAUCAAGGCAAGAUUCGCCCCAAAGAUUCGCUGACAGUUUUGAGACGCGCCAACUCGAUUUGGCCGCAACGACCUCGGACCGCGAGGGAGAUGACAAGCACAAGAAAUUCGCCCGAUACAUGGAGGGCCAAGCCUAG